AUGGCUGAUGAAGGCCGAUUUGAGGAGGUUGGCAAUCACCUGAUAGAGGAUGCAGUACUGCCACAGAGUUUAGACGAUUUGGAGGUUUUGCCACAAGAACAUCCUGAAACCUUUGCCAUUGGGACACAAGUUGGCUCCUCAGUCUCCAUGCGGUUUGCCAAGGCUGUCCAGGUCAAUAUUGUCACUGGGUCUCGGAACAAAGGUUCACAGACAACCUCCUGCACCGGGGAUAUUGGCUGUCAGGCAGAACCAGAAGUCCGAGAAAUUGCCAUUCAGACAGAUCUGUUUGACAUUGAUGUGCCAGUUUUCCAAGGCUUGAAACCAAGUGAUGAAGACAUGGAGGAUGAAGAGGUGCACUUUCCAAGUCAGGAAACGAUGAAGACUGAUGACAGUGACGAUGAAGACUGGGAGCCAUGUGAAGAUGAUUAUUGUCAAGAAUUUGAUGACUCGCUCCUUGAUGAUGAAAAUGUAUCCGGCAAACAUUAUGAUUUCGACAAUGAGUAUGAACAGCCCUCCCCUCAAUAUGAGAGAAAAUUCAUUGUCUUUGAAUCAAGCUUGAGGCUUCUGUUCAUGUUUUGUCAAGUUUGCAGGGUACCAUGUCGAGUCGCACUCCGUACACCUGGCACAGCUGUGAUGGUGAUGGCGAUUUGUGAAAAUCAACAUCAACAGGAAUGGACAUCACAUCCAUUUAAAGGACAGCUUCCCAUUGGAAAUUUGCUUUUGGCUGCAAGAAUUCUAUAUUCUGGUUCAAGUCCAGUAAGAGGACUCAAUAUCCUGAAAAACAUUGGUGUGGCAGUGAUAAGCCGAAGGACAUUCUACACUAUACAAGGCCUCUACCUCAUACCAUCAGUGUUCGCAGUCUGGCAAAGGAAGCAAGACAGUAUGUUUAAGGAGCGAAAGAGGAAACAACUGUUCUUGUCUGGAGAUGCGAGGUGUUGCUCGCCAGGCCACACUGCCAAAUAUGGGAGCUACAGUUUGAUGGAUGAGUCAGCCGGUAAGGUGCUGGAUGUAAGCCUUGUACAGCCAAAUGAAGUGAAAAAUUCUUACUGGAUGGAACUCGAGGGUUUGAAACGUAGCAUGGCACUACUUGUUACCGAGAAGAAAUUGGCAAUUGCAGAGAUGGUCACAGAUCAGCAUUCACAAAUCAAAAAGAUACUCGCAAAAUGGUCCCAAUCAGUGUCCAACCAUAUCUUCUGGUGUGCUGCCUCAAUUAAUGGGAAUGGUGACUUGGUUGAAGCAAAGUGGCUCUCCAUUCUAAACCAUGUUGCCGACGUACACGAUGGGCAUGGGGAUUUGUACCCAAAAUGUCUUCAUGGUCCUCUAGAAGACAGAGAAUGGAUCAAGAAAGGUAGCAAGGCCCACAAGGAACUUACACUGAUUCUCACUCAAAAGAUAUUGCUCAAGGACAUCAGAAAGGUUUCACCAGGAGUACAGACUUCAUCUCUUGAGUCGUAUCACAAAAUUGUUGGUUAUUUCGCUCCCAAAUCCCGCCAUUUCUUCUAUGAGCCAAUGAAAGCAAGGUUACUGCUCGCCACACUCCACUUUAAUGAAAAUUCAAAUCGGAAACAGCGUAUGGGACAAGAUGAACAGCCGCAGUGGUCGAUUUCAUACCCCAAGGGGAGAGGAGGAGCUGCAGUAGCAAAUGAGGUCAAAAUUGAAUCAACAUAUGACUAUGUACAGCUAAUUCUGGAGGACCUGCUGAAGCGGAGAGAUGACCUGCCAUCUUACAAAUUGGCAAGAGAUGCAAAGGACAAGUACCAAGUGACUCAUCCUAUUCCAGGUCCAGUGUGCUCAAAGUACGACAAGCAGGAAAAGAUGAAAGUUGUAGAAGAAACAAAAACGAGGUUUAACAAACUGUAG